AUGCCUCGUUGGAAAAUUGUACCUACUGCAUGCUUCCUUAUCUUCACGAUUUGGUUCUAUUUCAUAUUGUUAAAUCACCACGAAUUCGUUGAUGAAAACGAAGAAGCCAAAUUGGUCAAGAGAAGAGACAAAGAGCCAGAAAUAUUUGAAAUAGAGAAUCAAGAAGAACCACCAGUUAUCGAGGAAACAAAUGAAAAAGUCGUAAAUGAAGAGAAAAGCUCAUUUGAAAAUGGACUUCUGACAGAUGAAGCCAUGGAAAGAAUCGAAAAAAGGUUUCUCAAACGACGCGAGUUACUCUCUUCAACCUGCAGAAAAAAUGGCAUUGAGCCGGUCGAAACUUUUGAUCAAAUUAGACAACUUCCGACCUUCAAGGACAAACCAAGAGAAAAUAUGCUCCUGAAUCACAUAAUGCACGAAUACAACGUGGAUGUCUAUGGUUGCAUCCCUCCAAAAACUGGCAGCACAACCUGGAAUAAAUGGUGGUGGAAUACUUCGCCGGAUGAUAAGAGCAGAAAAUUCGAUUCUUUCCAAACUCAAGGCAACAGGCAUCGAAUGAAUUGGGGGCGAGAAUUGGCUUCAAAGAAGCCAGAGCUCCUGUUUCUUCAAGUUCGCCAUCCGCUGUCGAGGCUUGUUUCUGGCUGGAAUAAUAUUUUGUGCAAUGAAAACUGCCGAAAUGCCGAUCGAGUUCGAUACUCUAAAACAGUCAUAAGUCGACUUCAGAGUAUCUAUCAACGAAAUCAGCAUCCACCUUACAGUCCAAAGCAUACCGAAACCAUCAGGAUGACCCCGUUCGAAGACUGGGUAGACGUUAUCCUUGAAAACAACUUCUUUGUUGACGACUAUUUCGAUUUCGACAUUCACUUCCAUUCGUACAAAAGAGCAUGCCACCCCUGUGGGAUCCCAUACAAGUACAUUAUCAAGGUUGAGACUUUUGCGGAAGACUUCCAAUUCGUCCUCAGAAAACACGGAGUCUGGGAGCAAAUGGUCGAUAAGGCCAAGGAAGCUGCUGGAUCUACCGAGAACAAGAGUAUCGGACUCGAGUAUCAAGAGGUCCUGGAUCGACUAACUCCCGAGCAAUACCAAGCUCUCCUUGCUCUAAAAUCAGAAGAGAUGGAAAUGUUUGGCUACGGAGAAAAUUUCACUUCACUAGACUAG